AAAAAAAAAGUUUCAGAAAAUGGCGGAGCUUCGAAGUUGUAGCGUCCUAUGACUUUUUCAAUUAGAUUUAAGAUUUUUAUGUGCAAGUGAUAUAAAAGUGUGAUUAAACAUGAUGGAGACUUCAGGACACAACAAUAUGUGUCGGUGUUGUGCGUCUGAAGGUGCGUUUAAAGACAUUAAAAGCACAUAUCAUUGGAUGGGAGAAGAGGAGAUUUACGCCGACAUGUUGAAGGAAUGUUUCGACAUAAGCCUAAACGUAUCAGAACACGGAGAAGAUGGCGGUAUAUGCGAGGUCUGCAUCACACAGCUACGCAACGCUAUCAACUUCAAGAAGCAAGUACAACACACAGAAGAACAGUUUAAGAAACAUUUACAGAAUAAGGCAAUGUUUAGACCUCAUAUAGUGAAGGUGGAGGUCGUCGCAGGCGAUGAAGAUUCAGACGGUGAUAAUAUUGGGUCCGGGGAUGAUACCUUCUCCGGUGCUGAAUUCGAAGUACCAAUAAAAACGGAAAACGAUGAUCCCAAACCUAAGAAGCGGUCCAAGGGAAUGGCUGCAUCGACGCGCUCCAAACAGUCCAAAACGACGACGGACGAUGGAGAGACAUCAACUAAACGAAUGGACGAGGACGGGCCCAAACGCAGGAAAAGGAAAAAGAAUUCCGAGGAAAGUGCUACCCCAGAGCGCGUAGAACACAGAGUCAACCUAACCGCCAUACUACAAUACUCCAACGCUAGCCCAUUCCGCGACAAAACCAUCCGCGGUUUCUCCUGCCUUUACUGCUCUAAGCCCUUCCCCGACAUACAGAAACUCCGCGAACACACAGCCCAGCAAUCAGAAAAAGACAAAAUCAACACAAUAAUCGACUAUAAACUCAGUUACAACCCCAUCAAAGUCGAUAUUACAAACCUCCAUUGCACCGUCUGCAACCUAGAAAUGAAAGACCUCAACGAUUUGAAGGAUCACCUAGUUGGUGUACAUAAUAAAACUAUUUACAAAAAUAUUAAAGAUAUUAUACUCCCAUUCCGUUUAGAAGAUGGCCAUAAUUUUACGUGUGUUAUAUGUUCCGUCGUACACAUAUCAUUUAAAAAUCUAUAUCAUCACAUGAGCAGCCAUUAUAGGAAUUACUGUUGCAAAAAAUGCGGGGAAGGUUACAUUACAAUAGCAGCGUUAAGAAAACACGGAAAGACACACGCUCAAGGCAUAUUCCCCUGCGAUUUCUGCGAUAAAUCCUACACGUCGAUGACGAAGAAACGGAACCAUGAGAAGGGCGUCCACACGGGCGGUUGGCUCCGAAACAAAUGUCCGCAUUGUCCAGAAGUUUUCGUCAGUUACUACGACAGGAGCGAGCAUUUGGUCAAGGCUCACAAUCAAACGCCUAUCAUAUAUCCCUGUAAUGCAUGCAAUAAGAUUUAUAAGAAGAAAUUUGAAUUAAACAGGCAUAUAAAGCAUCAUCACUUGCAACAGAGGAGUUAUCUCUGUGAUAAAUGUAAUGCUAAGUUCUUUUCUAAGAGAGGUCUUUCGGAUCACUUAUCAAGGCACGUGGGAGGUGUGGUAUUCUCCUGUGAUGUAUGCGGUAAGUCGUUUUCAAGGGCCCGUACGUUAAAGGAACAUAUAAAAAUACACGAAGACGACAAACGGUUCCAAUGCGAGAUAUGCCACAAGACGUUUAUGCAGAAGUGUAGCUUGAAAAGUCAUGUGAGGUUGCAUCAAGAUGACUUGGACAUAUUUAAGGAGUUCGAUGAUGUGAAGCAUCUAAUAGACAAUAGGGAGCUUACGUUGAAGCAAAUAGCCGCUGAGAGUAAAAUAAAGGCUCAAGCGGAGAAAGCGAAAGAAGAAAGAGAAUUUGAAUAGUAUUUAUUUAGUUAACGGUGACCUUGAGACCGCCACAUCGCAAAUAAGACUUACUCUUAGCGCCAAACUACAAAAAAGACCGUCAUUUUAUUUAAAAUUAAAAGAAAACAGUUAA